UUUAGGAGGGGGAUUUAAGAGGGGGAAGCAGCGGUCGCCGAGCUCCACCCGGCCGCCAGGUACGGCCCCGGGGACGGGACGGGCUCUGCAGCCACACCGGGAGGCUCCAGGCAUGGAGGUCAGGACGGGCACGGCCAUGCCGAGGCUGCUGGGGCUGGGGCUGGGGCUGGGGGUGCUGAGGCUGCUGCUGCUGCUGCUGCUGCUCGCCUGCACGGCUCCGUGCCCCUCGGCAGGCGACCAGGCAGUGAGGGGACCUGGCAUUGUGCGUGGGCACCUGGGGAGGUCCCUCUCGGUGUCCUGCUCGUACCAGCACGGCUACGAGAACAACUCAAAGUACUGGUGCCAACCGGGAACAGUUAGGACCUGUGCUUAUGACGACUACAUCAUCGCCACCUCGGAGAAGAAGCCCCAGGUUCAGCGGGGCCGGUUCUCCAUCUGGGACAAUCGCACGCAGCGGGUGUUCACCGUGACCAUACAGAACCUGGAGGCAGAGGACGCGGGCACCUACCGCUGCGGGGUGCGAAAGCCCUUACUUCAGUUUGAUGACAGUGACGGUGUGAAGGUGAUCGUGUCCCCAGGUCAGUGCUUGCGGGUCCCCAAGGUCCGACGUCAGUGUCCCCCCCCGGCCAAGCAGAAGCGCCAGGAGCAGGGGCUGUGGGAGGAGGUGGGCGUCCAUGCACCAUGGGGCUGCGCCGGGACGGGUCCUCAGGGCACCUCGGUGUCUUCCAGGUGUCUCCACGGCCCCUUCUUGGAGCUGCAGGGUCAGCCGCCCCAUGGCGGUGGUGCAUCGCCCUCCUCCCCGUGCCCUGUAGCCCCUUUCUCCCCCCAUGGCCCUCUCCCUGCCUGUGCCCUCCUGCCCUCACUGCCAGCUCUGGGGAGCCCCGGCUCCCACCCCAUUUCCGUGCCGUGUCGGUGCUGGCGGCGCACAGGGUGCCUGGGGCCCCUUCCUGCAGCCGGAGCCUGGCUGAGCCUUUUUCCUCUUCUAGCUGCAGUUCCCACUCUGACAGCAUCGCCCUCCACCAUGGCCACUUCACCUGGGUCCACCUUGGGCUCCACGCAGCUACCUCCCCAGCAGGAAGGGACGCAGGUGACAGCCAGCCCCUCUGCCACCCCUGGCAAUGGCCUGGACAUAGCUCUGGUCGUCCUCACUCCCUGCAUCGCAGUGGUUCUGUUUUUGCUCGCCGUUGCUGCCGGGGUUUUGGUGGUACUGUCCAGGAAAAGGAAGCAGGCCUUCUCAGGAGCAGCUGUCGAGAUGGACAGGAUCCGUGGCACGCCGAACGUGGGAGCGGACGUGCUGCACUACGCAGAAAUUGGGCACCCAGACAGUGCAGACGAGAGCCAGCCCUAUGGCAACGUGGAGGCUUUGCGCCCCUCGGCAAACGCAGCCACCGACUACACGGAGGUCAAGAGGCCCAGCCAGAAUCUGGAUAAGAAAAACGAGCCCACUUACGCCAUGGUGCGCAAAUCCCAGCAGGAGGAGCAGCUCUACGCCAACAUGCUUCCAGCCCGGCAGCGUGCGGCGCAGUGAGGGCUCAGGACCCGGCACCACUGCCCUGCAUGGGACCUUGGGCAUGGGACAUGCGUGGGGACACCGGGACGGAUGCUGAGUUGGGCAGGAGACGGCUCCCCAAGGGAGCUGCUGCUCCCACAGGCUCUGGAGCUACCUUGGAGCAGCCUCGGAGAGGACGAGGUUGUGCAAGGGGCGCUGCACGGGGAUGAAAUCGUCCCCCUGCAUCUGGAGCCCUCAUGCCUGGUACGGCGUGGUGCCGGGACUGGAAAGCAGCCCAAGGGUUUGGGUUGUCCAGAUGGACAAAAGUGUCCAGGCAAAGGAGCUGGGAGCUGCGGGUGGGCUGCUUGGCUCCGUGCCCCCACUGCCCCGCGCUGAUGUUUCGCACCGAUGGACCAGAGCUGGCAGCUCCCGAGAGCAGGGCAGGGAGAAAUGCUACGUCCACCUGCCCUGUGCCUGCAGGCACUGCCAGCACCUCGGGCAUCCCAGCUUAGGGGCGCAGUGUGGUGCCUGGUGUCCUGGACAGCCCCAAACCAGCCUCUGUGUUCGUGUCCGUGCUCCGAAGGACACCGCAGAGGUGUUCCCAUCCCUCUUGAACAGCUGCUGGCGAGCAGCUCCCCAAAACCCCGCAGCCCCGAGCUCCCUCUCAGCUUCGCUGACUAUUUAUUUCUCGGCACCCUCUCAACGUGCUGUUCUCCAUAAAACAUCCCUCCUCUAUCAGUAAAAGCAGCCGAGCCUCUGAUACCAUCCAACGCCGCUUCCAGCUGUGUUUGUGCUACAAUUUUGCACCACGACAAGAGGGACGCUUUGCACAGUGUCCCCCCAGAAGCAGAGCUGGCACCUUGCUCGUGCCAUCCCCAGCAGCGGGGGGACCCCAGCUCCAUCAGGGCACGAGCUGCAGCAGCACGGGCUCACCGACACGCAGCCUUCCUCCUCCCCAGCCCAGCACCGGUGCUGAGCUCCCUCCGAGCUCCUGCCCCUCUCGGGGCUGUCCACCUGCUGGGAAACAGGCUGGGCUUUGGCACCUCGCUGUGCAUCAGCCAGGAGCGCUGGCGGACUCAUUUGGGGCGAAAUUAUUAAUGCUGUUAAUUGUUAUAAAGCGUUGUUUGGGUGU